GUGCAGGAACUCAUCCCGUUUUGCUUUUGCAUUUUUUGAUUUUCUCCUCCUAGAUUUUCUCGCAGAAUUAUAUAUGAAGAAUAUUUAUAAUCCGGAUAUAAAUCCGGAUAUAAAUCCGAUGCUAAUAUUUAAUUAAGAAUCAUCAUGAAUUUUACGCCAGAAUCGCGUCGAGUAAUUUACAGGAUUGUUACGAUUCCAUUUUCCACGUUAUUUUUAUUACAAAAUUGUAAUGAAGUAAAUAUACUCAAGAAAGUUUCUGUGCAGGAACUCAUCCCGUUUUGCUUUUGCAUUUUUGAUUUUCUCCUCCUAGAUUUUCUCGCAGAAUUAUAUCUGGGAAAUAUUUAUAAUCCGGAUAUAAAUCCGGAUAUAAAUCCGAUGCUAAUAUUUAAUUAAGAAUCAUCAUGAAUUUACGCCAGAAUCGCGUCGAGUAAUUUACAGAAUUGUUACGAUUCCAUUUUCCACGUUAUUUUUAUUACAAAAUUGUAAUGAAGUAAAUAUACUUGACGUUCAAAUUGAAAUUUGAACCAUUGCCCAACAAGGUGUAUCAAGGGGAGUUAUACA